UAAACCAAGACGCGGUCUUCCGAAGACAGCCAUUAUCCGUUGUAAAUAGCACUGUAAAAUCGCCCUUAAAAUCUGAAUUAAUUGAAUUUCACUGAGCACAUCUUAUACUAUGGAAGACGAAGUGACAACGUACGAUUGCUUGCUGAAGUGGCUUAAUACCUUCGAAAAAAUACAAUCACCACACGCWACAGCAGAGGAUCUUUCCGAUGGAGUAGCAUUAUGCGAAUGCUUGGCUGAAAUCGCUCCUGAUUGGUUUGACGAUGAAUGGAUGUCUAAAAUCCGCAAAGAUAUUGGCGACAACAAAAGACUUAGAUUGAGUAAUCUCAAGAAGUUGAUUAAAGGAAUCCAAGAUUAUUAUUCAGAGGUUCUCAGCAUGGACAUCUCAGGUUUUCCUAUGCCAGAUGUCAACAUUCUUGCUGAUACAGCUAACAAAGCUGAACUAGGAAGGCUGUUACAGUUAAUCUUGGGAUGCGCAGUCAAUUGUGAAGACAAACAAGAAUACAUACAAGUCAUUAUGUCUCUAGAGGAAAGUGUUCAGCAUGCAGUAAUGAAUGCCAUACAAGAGCUAAUAUCAGCAAGAGAAGCAUCUGGAGUCAGUAGUGAAAUAUUUAAAGAACUAGAAAUACAGCAUAAAAGAACUCUGGAUCAGUUAGCAAUGGCCAUGGCUGAAAAAGAAGAAUUGUCACAGCGUUGUCAUGAGCUGGACGAACAGAUAACAUUCUUGAGAGARUCAGAAUCCAAUCUUACUUUUGAAAAUGAACGGCUUAAAGGUCAAAUUAGUCAGUCAGACUUUAAAGYUGACAGAGAAGAUGAAGGAUAUCCAAGUAAAAAGAUAAAUCAAUUAAAGCAGCAAGUUGAUGAUUUAAAAGAGGAGAACUUUCUAUUAGAGACUGCUAGAGAUGACUUUAAAAUCAAAUAUGAACAACUUGAGAAAGAUAUGGAAAUAUUGAAUGAAAGGAAUGAACAACUACAAGGACUUGCAGAGGAAUCACAGCAGUUGAAAGAUGAGAUGGAUGUCUUACGACAUAUGCAGGAAAAAGUGUCGAAGUAUGAAUCUACCAUUGAUAUGUACAAAAAGAAACUUGAGGAAUUGUCUGACAUGAGAAAGCAAAUGAAAGCUCUUGAGGAGAAAAAYAUGACAUACAUGCAGGAAACAAUGAACUUGGAAGAGGAUCUAAGAAAAGCCAAUCUCUUGAAAACACAGCUUGAUACGUACAAAAAACAGGUUCACCAAUUACAAGUACAAGUCACUAAAAAAAAAAGACGGACAGACAGGAAAAAAAAAAAGGAACAGAUUGAGGAACUGGAACUGAGCCAGGCGAAAGGGUCAUUAUCAAUGACACCCACAUCUCCACCACGUUCUGAUGUAUUUUCUGAUAUUGCCGAACUGUCCGUUCCUCCUGAAGUAAAAGAAAAGAUUGUAAGACUUGAACACGAGAAUAAGAAAUUAAAAGCGCACAAAAAAGAUGAACAAGACGAACAGACUCAACUUCUUCAAAGUCUACUCAACGAUGCUAAYGAGAGAAAAGAUCAACUUGAAAAGGAAAACAGGUCUUUGAAUCAACGUAUCAUGGAGUUUGAAAGUGAGAUGGAUGAUCUUCGAAACCAACAGAAGGCUAACUCGAGUGAGCAGGAUUCAGAUUUGGACAAGAAAUACAARGAACAUUUAGAGAAGUUAAAAGAAGCAAACGAACAGUUACAGCAAAGGAAAGCAUAUAUUGAUAGUCUUGAGCCCAAGGUAUCCAGCAGCGCUGAAAAAGUAAAAGAAAUGGAAGAAAUGCUGUCCCAGAAAGAUAAUGAAAUGAAAGCCAUGGAAGAAAGAUACAAACGCUACCUGGAAAAAGCUAAAAGUGUUAUUAAAACUUUGGAUCCAAAGCAAAGUCCAUCUACAAACACUGAGAUAACAACGUUACGAAAUCAAGUGCAAGAGAAGGAUAAACUAAUUGAUCACUUGGAGAGAGAUCAUGAAAAAAUGAGGAUUACCCGAGAAAGAGAAGAAAAACUUAUUGUUAGUGCUUGGUAUGAAAUGGGUAUGCAACUACACCGKAAAGCUUCUGAAGACAGACUUCUGGGAAGUACUGGGGGUAUGUCRUUCCUCGCACGACAGAGACAAGCAUCGAGUCGAAGAUCUACACCAAACAGAACGCAAACCAACGCCGUUACAGCAAGAGACACAUGACAUCACAGAAAUACCACAGUAUAUCUCCAUCGACAGAAUAAAGAACGCUCUCAUAUCUACGCUGCUGUCGUCUAGUAUCCCUGGUGAUGUAAAGCGCUAUUCUGAUAGGAGGUCUUACACAUGAAAUACCUGUCACGUGACCAGAUGAUCUUUCUUAGUWAUCUUAAUUUAUUUAAAAUGUAUAAAUUUAAUGUCAAUCUAGUAUUUCAGUCUGCGAAAUACUCUUUCAUGUGACCGUAUCUGCUUAGUCCCUUCCACACGAAGACGGUUGUAAACUAAAACGCUAUUUACGAGCGUUAAACGUAUAUGUUGCGUUUACGUCCGAAUAUGUUUUGUUGUAAGUGUCAUAUUUAAGGUUACAUGUGCAUUCUACGAUUUACAGUGCACACUGGAACGUGUAUGAAACGGUCAUUUUUGGUAACGUUCUGGCCAUGUUCAUGCUGAUAUCCAUGUUCAUGCUGAUAUACCAUUAACAGCGCCAUGUAUGGUCAAGGCAACAGUCACGUGACAGUUGUUUCUGAUGUUUGAUUUAUUCAAUUUAUGCCUAUUUAGAAACRGUGGUAACAUUUUUAUGGUAGAUCUACUGGCCACAGCGUCCGUACGAGCAAACUUUGUAAAAUUCCAGUCAGUAUAGACAAUGGUUUAGUUACGUUUUCGUAAGAAUCGCAAUACGUAAACUUUCAGUAAGUGUAAACAAUGGUUUACUCGCAGAGCGUUUCCGUAAGGAUAAUACCUAAACUUUSAGUCAGUAUAAACGAUGUUUUAUACGCAACGUUUUCGUAAGGAUAACACGUGCAAUCGCUCCGUAAGAAGCGGCCAUUAAUACAGCUAUUUCAAAAAAAGUUGGUCGAAAAGAAUUGAGCAUACGCGGCCGAAAGGAAAUGUGGGUACUCAGUUUUGUACGGCAGUAUACUCUCAUCUUGAGCUAACUCAAUACUCCAUAUUCGAAUUAAAAAGCGAAUCAUCGCUGUUUUAUUUGACUUACCAAACACAAUUUUAAUAACGACAUUUUCUCGUGCUUUCUUUUGUGUCUGGUAACAUAACGUCUUUGCGCAAGAGAAUAUGCUGUCAAAUAAAGCAGCGAUUUUUCGCUUUUAUCGAAAAUUGAGUUAAAUCAUCAUGGUCGUGCAUUCGAUUUUCAUCAAUCAUUUUGAAGUAACAAUUUGUGCUUUUGCCGCUUAUGCAUCUAAUUCUAACCUUCGCUUUCCUUGUAUCAUAAGUGAUGAUAAAUUGAAUUAUUGAAAUUCCCAAUAAAUUUUUAACUUAAUUAUUAUAAUUGUUGAUGUUUUACAAGUAUUUAAGAGGUUUGCUAACGGGAAUAUUUUAAGAGAGGGGAAAAGAUCGUUUGAAUGACAGUUUCUAUGUGAAACUUUAAAAUGAGUGAAAAAUUUGCUCAAAUAGUUGUACCGAGUCUACAAAUUUCAGUUCUGCGCACUAAGUCAACGUUGAUCCAUCCCACAAUUCCCCAGUUGUCGAAAAUAAUUUCAAAAUGGUGGCGAAGGAAGAUCUUCAUUACUCUUUUUAGGGUGAUUUGUUUAGCAUUCAUGGUCGGUAUGUAUAUUCGGAAUUCAUUCGUAAGAUGAAGGUUUUUGUUGGAUAAUAUGUAUCUGUUCGCCUGUUGGAAUUCGUUCUCUGUAAAGAACUUCUUAACUCGUGUUUGCGAGUAUACUACUCCGUACGACUUGGUCGUAGAACCGAAUCUUUCUCAUUUAUCGAAAUUAUGUCCUAUCGAUCGUACCUGCCACUUAGGGCUGUCAAGAGGUGUUUCCAUCGGUCAAUAUUAUCAAGAUUUUUACAUUAGUGAAACAAACCAUUCAGUCUGAUAAAGUUUUUUAUCUAUAUUAUUUGCUAUUCUUAUUAUGCCUACAUAAAUAAAACGUUAUAAUUGAAGCUAUUAAACUGUUAAUUCUAUUUGCUAAGUGCUUUAUUCGAUUCUAAUUUAUAUUGGACCUUUUCGCUGCACGCACAAGAAAGCACUACUGGUAAUUUUGGUCAUGAAGACAGCAGCAGUUAUAUGUGUUAUUGCCAUUGUUGCACUAUUGGGACUGAAAACAGAUGUAGAAGCGCAGGAAAUAGGAAUGAAGCGCGUGGGUACGUGUGGCACCGAGGAGGAAGGCAAGACGUUGAUUCCGAGGAGGGCUGAUAAUGGCUGCGGACGAUGUCUCUGUCAGGGGGGUCUGGUCUACUGUAAAACCUGCUAAAAACUUUUAAAAAUUAAAGUUAGAACUUUGGUGUGAAAAUUACUAGUGAUAGUAAUUAUUUUUACAAUUUUCUAAUUUCUAAUCGUUUCCAAGUAAAAAUGCAUUUUGUCUCUAUGGUGUUGGUUUCACUUCAUAAAAAGAUUAAACCGUUUCCAAUAAUCUUAAAACAAACAUAGCAUAUUUAUUAUUUAAUUUGUGUUGAUUAUUUUACUGGUUUGUUGGUAUUGCUACUCAAAUAGUAAUUAURAUAAUGUAAACUUGUUAACAAAUGAAAAUUAAAUGAAGAUUUGGAAUAAA